AUGGCUCACGAACAAUGGCGCAGUCAUCUGGAUUACAUCAUCACCCUUCUGGGAUACGGUGUCGGGUCGGGAGCAUUCAUCAGGUUCCCUUUCUACUGCAUGCGCAAUGGGGGAGGAGCAUACCUGAUACUCUUCAUGUUCUUCACAAUCAUUGGAACCAUCCCCUGUGUGUUUCUGGAGAUGACAAUCGGACAGUUCUCUCAGAGUGGACCUAUCAAAGUCUGGAAUAUGUGUCCUGCUUUCAAAGUCGUGCUUGUCGAUGCCGUGGUUGGAGGACAGGACGACGUGCUGGUCGGCGACAUCCUCGUCUACAUCACUGUAAUCCUACCCUACAUCCUCAUCCUUGUCUUCCUCAUCCGGGGCUGUCUACUUCCGGGGUCAGCAGACGGAAUCUACUACUUCAUCUUCCCUAAGUUUGACAAGCUUACUGAUCCUAAAGUGUGGAUUCACUCGUGUAGAUACGCCCUGUUUUCCAUGGGUAUAGCCAUGGGGUGUAUCAUCACGAUGUCUGGACACAACCGAAAGGAUAACAACUGCUUCAGGGAUGCAAUAAUAAUUUGCCUGAUGGAUUCACUCAGCAACGUCUUCUUCGGCUUCGCUUUCUUCUGUAUCGUUGGUCACGUGGCCUUCCAACGUGGAGUAACUGUUGAAGCCUUUGAAUCCUCUGGCUAUGACCUUGCCUUCAUCGUCUACCCCGAGGUCCUAUCUGCUCUCCCUCUGCCUCCGCUAUGGUCUGUGAUGACAUUUUUGACGUUCAUGUUGUUGGCUAUCGAUUCCGCGGCACCGUCUGUUGAACUAAUCAUCGCUGCCUUGGAGGAUAUGUUUCCGCGGUUGAUGAAGCGGCGCUGGCUUAUCAUCGGUGCGGUGCUCCUUAGUCUCUUCCUGUUUGGACUUAUAUAUAUUUCACAGGGUGGGAUAUACGUGGUGACGCUGAUGGACUGGUACGCCUACUUCCCAUCGACGGCCGUGUUUGGCAUCCUUGAGUGCAUUGCUGUGAUCUGCUGCUACUCCUUCUACUCCUACCGACCCCCAAAGUACGGGGACUACAUCUACCCUGCCUGGGCAACAACUCUUGGGUGGCUCAUAUCCUUUUCAUCACUCCUGCCGUUUCCGAUUGUUUUCAUAUGGACGGUUUACAAGACACAAGGUGGAACCGUGAAAGAGGUGAACACAUAG